CGCGGCUGGGGUCGAGUGGCCUCCACCUGACCCCAGCCGCAAGGGCCGUUGAAUUUCCGGUGUGCAGUAGCGCCAAUGUAGGAAAGACCGCAGCAGAUAAGUACAGGCAUAGUGAGAAGAGUGAUAUUCUUGUCUGUGAGCAACUUACAGUGGUUUGAGGAGCAGUCAGUGUUUUGUUCAGGAUUUCAUCCUCAACUACUAAUCGUACAGGUCCUCAAAUGGCAAACAAUGACAGUGCUCCAAAAUUUCCGUGUUUUGGAUCAUCAUUAGUCCAAGGACACACACAUAGAUGUGCUAAUCUGUACAAUGGAGGCCGGUUUGAGUGCCAUGAUAAGCCGCACCAGCUGUGCCACGCCUGUGCCAACUACACCAACUGCUACAUGGAAGGUCACAACAACGGAAAGGCUGUGCCAGAGCAGGAGGAAGACCUGGAUACUGUGGAUGAUCCAGUGGAGAAUAUCCAGGACCUGAACUAGGACUGAUUACGAGGAACUUGUGUUUAUGAACUAGAACUAGUUAGCUAUAAUUAUGUAGCUAGAUAUAAUGCGAAACUCUUAUAAAUUUGAAGUUCAAUACAGAUGCAACAGUUGUGUGUGAUUGUGUAGAACUU